AUGAAGAAGAGCGUGGUCUGUGUACAAAUCCCUAGAGAUCCCAGAACAAAUAAGAUUGCAUUUGUGACUGAGAUGCCAAAGAUGGUUGCAGAUAGAAUUGAUGGUGAUACUUGGACCAAGAUCAUUUGUGAGUUGAACAAGAUACUGGAGGAUGCCGAAGCUGUAUCUUUUUUGUCAUUUUUGAAGACUGCUCUUGUGUUUCCACUGUUGAUUGGCCGUAGAAAAAGUAUAUUUGAUUCAGUCAAUGCAUACCUUGAGUGUAUGAAUUUGCAUCUGAAAAGCUAUGGGAUAUGUAUUUUACAUCCUGGGAUUCACCAAUACAUUGAGCUUGAGCUAGAGCUAAGGUAA